CCCCGGAGCGGCAGUUAAUCACUCCUCCAGUCACUACGGCUUUCCUUUCUCUCCCCCCCGGCCUACCGGGAGCCAGCCUUGACUGUUGCUGUUGCUUCGCGGCGCCGCCCGCCCGCCCUCGUCCAGAACCAUCCUUCUCCUCCUACCGACCGCGUUGCCACCUUCCCCGCCUCCUCCUCCGUCAUCCGCAUCCGCAUCUCCUCUCGCUCGCUCGCCUUUUACAGCCCACCGGAUCCAUCCGCGUCUGUCUCUCUGUUCCAUUGCCCGUACUACCACCACCCCGUUGUGAGCCGGUUCCCUUCACGAGAAAGAUAACCCAGGACAGAGCAGGAGGAAAGGCGCGGCUCGAGAGAGAUUCGCCCGUCCGGCGCCCGGCCGACAUCGGCGCCGUCGGGGAAAAAGGGCCGAGGAGGAGCUGCGGCCGGCCACACCAUGAAGCAGAACGCGAGGAAAGACCCCGGCGGCGGCGGCGGCGGAGCGUUUGUCAUCGCGUGCGUCGACAUCAAGUUGUUCGUGGUCUCGCUCGCGUUCCUGACGCUGUUGCUGGGGCUGUGGCAGCUCCAGCCCUACGGCUCGUUCAUGGCCGCGGCCCGCUCCUCCGCCAACGCGCCUCCCUGCUUCCUCCUCUCCACAACCGUCGCCGCCGUCAACAAUGAGGUCGCCUCUUCCGACUCCAUCCCCAUCAAAGGUACGGCCGCGACUUCUGAUGUGCCCGCCAACAUUGCUACUGUGCCCGCCCGGCCGGCUAGGCCUGCGCGCGUGGAGAACCAGAACAAGCGGGUGCUUAGGCCGGCGCCGGCCGUGGACCCGAACAAGCGGGCGCUGCGGCCAUACGGCAGCGCGGCGGCGCUGUUCGUGCAGUUUGGGGCGUACCGGGGCGGCCCGCGGACGUUCGCCAUUGUGGGGCUGGCGUCCAAGCCCACCCAUGUCUUCGGCACCCCUUACUUCAAGUGCGAGUGGCUGCCCAACCCCAGCGCCGCCGACCCGGCCCCGCGGCCCGUCCGGACCAAGGCGUACAAGAUGCUCCCGGACUGGGGAUACGGCCGCGUCUACACCACCGUCGUCGUCAACUGCACGUUCCCCUCCAACCCCAACGUCGACAACGCCGGCGGCAAGCUCCUCGUCCACGCCUACUACUCCAUCCACUCCCGCCGGUACGAGCGCUUCGUGGCGCUCGAGGAGGCGCCCGGGUCCUACGACGAGUCCCGCUUCAGCCCGCCGUUCCAGUACGACUACCUCUACUGCGGCUCCUCGCUGUACGGCAAUCUCAGCGCCAGCCGCAUGCGCGAGUGGAUGGCGUACCACGCGCACUUCUUCGGGCCCAGGUCGCAUUUCGUCUUCCACGACGCCAGCGGCUUCAGCCCGGAGGUGAAGGCGGUGCUGGAUCCGUGGGUCAGGGCGGGCCGGCUCACGGUACAGGACGUCCGGGCGGAGGCCGAGUACGACAGCUACUACUACAACCAGUUCUUGGUGGUGAACGACUGCCUGCAUCGGUACCGCCACGCAGCGAAUUGGACCUUCUUCUUCGACGUUGAUGAGUACAUGUACCUGCCAAAUGGGCGGACUCUUGAUCAGGUGCUCGGCAACCUCUCAGGGUACACACAAUUGACCAUCAAGCAGAAUCCCAUGUCCAGCAAGCUCUGCCUGAAGAAUCCCAGCAAGGAUUCAUCAAGGGAAUGGGGGUUUGAGAAGUUUGUUUUCUUCAACGCAGUUGUCAAACCUCGGCGAGAUCGCAAGUACGCGGUACAGGCACGAAAUACGUACUCUGCAGGGGUGCACCUGUCACAAAAUCUAUAUGGUAGGUCAACCCAUGACACGGAAAAUGUGAUCAGAUACUACCACUUUCACAACUCCAUCAAUGUCUUGGGAGAGCCUUGCAAGAAAUUUGUUGCGAAACCAGCCAAUGGCAGUCAAAUUAUGUUUGAGGGUGCCCCUUUUGUGUAUGAUUAUAAUUUGAAGCGUUUGGCGGGAGAGAUCAAGCGAUUUGAGAAGGAAACCAUUGGAUCAAGCCAUACAUAACAACAGAAGGCUGGUGCUGGUGCUGGUACAUAUACUUUCUGAUAAUAUUUAGGAUGCCUGAUUCAUGUUGAACCGAUGAACUCCGUCUUGGGCGGUAUAAGCAUGGGGCAGAGUCCCUUAGAGGCAGUAUAAGCAUGGGGCAGUGUCUCUUAGAGGCGGCCCAGUUGGUGUAAAGUUUUGUUUUUUGGUGUCUCGCCCUUCACUAAUGGUGAUUUGCGUCUGCUACAUUUUCUUCUCUACGCUUUCUCUGCUUGUCCGAUUGUCCCCGCAUCGGUUGACAGAUCCGUGUAGACAGAUGAUGUUGGCUUUUACUGGAUUCUUUCAUCUC